AUGGCUGUGGAGUCGGACUUAGACUGGUUUUGGGGUGGAAAAAUGAAGUUGUGUGUCAUACUUUUGAUGGUUGCCGUUGCUUAUGUAGCAGCAGUGCCUCAUCCCGAAGUAGAAGAAAGGAAAGGUCACGAUGAGAAGAAAGUCAUCGUAAUCAAAGACAAAUCUGAGCAUCAUCACCAUCAUCAUCAUCACCACCACCAUCAUCACAAACACGAUCAUGGACAUAAACAUGGUCAUGAACACAAGCACGAACAUGGCCACAAACAUGAGCACGGACAUGAACAUAAACAUGACCACAAGCACGGCCAUGACCACAAACACGAGCAUGGUCAUAAGCAUGAGCAUGGACACAAACAUGAACAUGAACACAAGCAUGGCCAUGACCACAAGCACGAGCAUGGUCAUAAGCAUGAACAUGGUCAUAAGCAUAGCCACCUUCAUAAGCAUGGUCAUGAGCAUAAGCAUGGCCACGAUCAUAAGCACGAGCACGGACACAAACAUGAUCAUGAACAUAAACAUGAGCAUGGACACAAGCAUGGACACCAUCAUCAUCAUGCUCACAAACAUGGUCAUGGACACAAACAUGGACAUGGACACAAGCACGAGCAUGGACAUCAACAUGGACAUGAACACAAACACGGCCACGACCACAAACACGAGCAUGGGCACAAACACGAACAUGGUCAUAAACACGGACAUCAUCAUGCCCAUAAGCACGGUCAUGAACACGGACACAAGCACGGACAUGAGCACAAACAUGGCCACGAACACGGUCACAAACACGGACAUGAGCACAAGCACGGACACGAUCACAAGCACGAGCAUGGACACAAGCAUGAACAUGGUCACAAACACGGCCACGAUCACAAACACGAGCACGGGCACAAACACGAACAUGGUCAUAAACACGGUCACGAUCACAAACAUGGUCAUGAACAUAAGCAUGGCCACGGACACAAACACGGACACGAGCACGGUCAUAAACAUGGCCAUGGACAUGAACACAAAUGGUAUGGAAUCAUUGGUGGACAUCAUGGUCAUUCUCUUCAUAUUGAACCUCAUGGAUUUGAGCAGAAGGAAGUCGAAGAAAAUCACGGAUACGAAGCAGAACCUGAAAUUAUUCCCCAUAAAUUAGAAGAAGAGGAGCCUCAGAAAUUUGCCUACUUGGAGCAACAAGAGCAUGUUGAACCAGAGUUCGAUUCCCAUUUAGGUUAUGAAACUCAAUUGAAAAAUGAGCCACUUUUCCUUGGAAACAAAGGCUAUGGAAUUACUCAAGAAUACCGCAAAUUAGGAGGACAUGGUUUGUCCGGCGGUGAUCUUGGAAAAAUUGGAGGACUCUACAGUUUUCCAUCUCUUUAG